GAAAAAAAAAUAUUGUUGGCGUUUGUGCCGAGGUCGGAGUGCGGUGUGGCAUAAUGCUUGGAGCAUAAUCGACGUAGCACACAAAUACACACAUCUCCAGGAUGCUGGCCUUUGCAAUCUUUGCUGUGACGUUUGUAGUCGUGUUGAUAGCAGCAGUCAUCUACUUUUACCCUGGCUCAACUAAGACGAGCACUAUCCCUGGAAUGGAUCCAACAGAUCCAAGAGAGGGUAACUUCCCAGAUAUUGGUGCCGCAGGUAGCAUGCAUGAGUUUCUUGCAAACCUACAUGAGACUUAUGGGACCAUAGCAUCCUUCUGGUUUGGUACAAAGUUCACUGUUAGUAUCGCUUCACCAGAGCUAUUCAAAGAGCACAUGGGAGUAUUUGAUCGACCACCGGAAGUGUUUGCCUUGUUUAAGCCUCUGAUUGGUCGAAGUUCUAUCCAUUAUGCUAAUAAGGCCGAUGGACGGAGGAGACGCAUCAUGUAUGACCCGCCCUUCACACAAGCAAACCUCAGAAACUUCUGUGGUACAUUCAACGAGUUGGCUUGUGAGCUUGAGAAGAAACUUCUGGGUUUACCAAAGGACGAACACCUCCCAUUGAUGCAAUACUGCCAUGCUCUCGUCAUCAAGGCACUCACCCGGAUAUUCUUUGGAGAUUACUUCAAAGAUGAAGGCAACAUUCUCAAGUUUCGCCACUCAUUUGAAAUUUGUUGGUCUGAAAUGGAAACUAGUCUAACUCAAGGCCCUGCAGAGGAUGGGAGCGACAGGGACAAGAAGUUCAAGGAAGCUUUAGGUUUCAUGCACGAUAGUAUAAGAGCCAUUAUGAAGAAGCGUAAAGCAAAGCCUGUAGUCGGGUCCACAUUGUUUAUCGACGUUCUCCUGGAGAAUGAGCUACCAGAAGAGCAGGUACUAGAUGAUUGUCUCAGCUACAUGAUGGGUGCAUUUCACACAUCUGGAAAUUUGAUGGCUUGGACGAUAUAUUUCCUGGCUACUCACCAGGAUUGUCAGGAGAAACUACACCAAGAGGUCACGAAGGUCAAGGGUCAAGUGGAGCAGUCUCAGUUUGAUCAACUCAAAUAUCUGCAUCAUGUGAUCAACGAGAGUCUACGCCUGUCCAUAUUGACCCCUUAUGCUGCUCGUUUUCAGGAUAGUGACACUGAGCUAGGGGGUCACAUCAUCCCAGCUGGGACUUCAGUUUACCAUGCUCUUGGAGUAGUGCUGGAGGAUCCAGAGAUUUGGCCAGAGCCCCAAAAGUUUGAUCCUGGACGUUUCAGCGUGGAUAACAUCACCCAGCGUCAAGAGACAGGAUUCCAGCCGUUUGGUUUUGCCGGGAAGCGCAGUUGUCCAGGACAGCAUUUUGCUUAUGCCCAGAUAACCAUCUUUCUGGCUGUCCUGUGUCGGACCUUGAAGUUCAAUCUCGUAGAGGGGCAAGUGGUUGUGCCACGUUACGGUCUUGUGACGUCCCCUGAAGAGGAAAUCUGGGUUACCGUCGAGAAGAGAAAAUAAAAUGGAUCAGGGCUCGUAUAAUAUCUUGGAACUUCUGAGGCCAAUAAAAAAAACAAAAUGUUUAACUCCUGCCUUUUUGAAAAGAAGGAGGAGGGCUUAUUUUGUUUCUUUUUCAAAACCGGCCGUGCUAUUUUUCAAAAUUAAUUGUUAUCGUCUGAAAAAAUAAAAAAUGUAACAAAAAUGAGGCAGACUCUUAAAAAGGAAGUGGGCGGGUACGCUAAGGAUGUUUUUGUUGUUGUUUUUUAGCUUAAAAUUCAAAAUAGCCUUGUUUUAACUGAGUUUCUUUAACUGUGGUGUGUUUGAGAAAUCUUUCAAAUGAACACAAGGUUUUAUCACUAGCUAUCCUGUUUAUAACUCAACAUGAUAUAAAAACCCAUCGGUCACAUGCACAAGCUUUUUCUGUAAAAAUUGGCACUUUUUGGUUCUAAUGGUGAGCCAUUUUGGUUUUGAUGGUGUCUGGUGAGUGAAUGCUCAAUUUGGUGGAAAGGGACUGUUUGAAAUCAUCUUGAAAAUGGUUUGGGGGAGUUUGGGUGUUUUUUUUUUAAGUUUUUUUUUCCUGUUUGAGAGGAUGGGAUUUACAUACAAACAAAAGUUAUUCUACUCAUAAUUAUGUACUCAUAAAGUCAAUGUGUGCACUUAAACUUGUACAGCAGGCGGACACAAGCUUUCCCUGUUUCCUUUGUGCUAGUCACCAAAUCUCCAAAAAGGAGAAAGCAGAACGCCCUGUAGGCACUUUCCACAAUGUAUUAAUAUUCGUUUUAAGUUUGUUCAUGUUUUAGAAAGAACCCAUGAACUCUAUAAAACGUUUUAAAAAGUCUUUAUUUUUAGGUUUAGGCACUUGGAGGCCUAAAUCAGAACUGACAACUCUCCCUAGUUCUGCAGAAAGUUUCCUGAAAGUGAAAACAAUAUCCAUGUUCUGAUAAUUGGGUUUGAAAAUCUAUCUGAUUGUGGAAACUUUUACCCCAAUUAUGAUGAAUGUAAUUCUAAAUUAUUAUUUCCCUAAUUGAUAUGAAAAAAUCUCUAACUAACUUCCUGAUUGUAAGAUGUAAAUAUUGGUAGCUCUGAUGAUAAUGCCACAUUCUUGCGAAUAACAUUAUUCUUUGAGGAAAUAAUGUAAACAGUACAUACAGAAUUAAUUUACAGCAAAAAUUACUUAAUGGACAAACAACAACAAAAUACACUGUGCUUUUUUUAAUAUGACUUUUCUUUAAAAACAUUCUUGCAUUAAAUGCAUUGUGUCAGUUUUACUUAUUAAAACAUAAGUACUUACAAAAGAGCUGUAUUAAAAAAGAAUGUCUGAAGUCAUAA